GCCUUCAUCAGUUCUAGCAGACACUUCCUGCGAGGAUGGGGGCAGGAGCCCUCGCCGUCUGUCAAAGUAAAGCAACAGUUCGGCUGAAAGAAGACAUGAAAAAGAUAGUGGCGGUGCCGCUAACGGAGCAGAGGAAUUCUACCUAUAAAAAGUUAUUUGGCGUCAGUCUCCAAGACCUUCAGCAGCAGGGACUCACAGAGAAUGGCAUUCCAGCUGUAGUGGGGAAUAUAGUGGAAUACUUGACAAAGAACGGACUCACCCAGGAGGGCCUUUUCAGGGUGAAUGGCAAUAGGAAGGUAGUGGAGCAACUUCGACUGAAGUUCGAGAGUGGCGCGCCCGUGGAGCUUGGGAAAGACGGUGACAUCUGCUCCGCAGCCAGUCUGCUGAAGCUCUUCCUGCGGGAGCUGCCCGAGGGCGUGAUCACCUCGGCCUUACACCCUCGAUUCCUCCAGCUCUUCCAGGAUGACAGAAACGAUCAGGAGAGUAGCUUAAGAAACUUAAUCAAAGAGCUGCCAGACACGCACUACUGCCUCCUCAAGUACCUAUGCCAGUUCUUGACAAAGGUAGCGAAACACCAUGUGCAGAAUCGCAUGAAUGUUCAUAAUCUCGCCACUGUAUUUGGGCCCAGUUGCUUUCAUGUGCCACCUGGGCUUGAAUGCAUGAAAGAACAAGACCUCUGCAACAAGAUAAUGGCUACAAUACUAGAAAAGUACAAUACCCUGUUUGAAGUAGAAUGCACAGAAAAUGAUAACCAGAGGUGUGAAAAUCAAAUGAAGCUUAUUUUAGUAAAAGAGGCCAGUUGUAAGAACUCCUUACCCAUCCUUCUAACAAAAGACUUAGAAAGAGACAUGCAAAACCCAUCUCCAAAAACUAAGAUCCCAAAGUCCAAGAGUGAGGGAUCUAUUCAGGUCUACAGGGUACCGCAACCAGAGCUAUCUGAUGGUGUCCCUCAGGUCAGCCUGCGGCUAAGUCACAGAAAACCCUGCUGGGAUGACAUGAAUUCAGCAGAGGACACUUGUGGGGCCAAGUUGGCAUCCAGUUCGCAGGAAGAUGAAAGACCGCUGUCACCUUUCUAUCUGAGUGCCCAUGUAUCCCAAGUCAGCAGUGUUUCAACAACAGGAGAACUCUUAGAAAGAACCAUCCGGUCGGCUGUGGAACAGCAUCUUUUUGAUGUUAAUAGCUCGGGAAGCCAAAGCUCAGAGGACUCAGAACCUGGAUCGUCCCCAGCAACUUCCUCCACAUCUGCCCGACAGCGACGGCGCCUGUCCAAGGAGCAGGAUGAAGUGCGACACGGCAGAGACCUGGGACUUACCAACAAAGAAAAUAUUCCCUCUGGUUUCACCAACUUUGAUUGUAUUUUGAGUGCUCAGGAAGUGGAAAAAUUACAUGAAAAUACUUCUGGCUAUAUUGGAGAAAGAGGCAAACCUAAACGUCAGAAAUCCAGUUCCAAACUUUCUGAGCUCAAUGAAAAUCAAGACGAUCUUGUGAAUAUGGAAAGUCUCAAUUCCACACCAUCUCAUGAGAGGGCUCCACCUGGUGAUGUUGAACUGCUGUCCGAUGACAGCAAAGAAAGUGAAAAAGACAGCGGACACGCCCAGCAGUGUGAGAGCCCCACGAUGAAGAUCCAGGAGCACCCCAGCAUACCUGACACCAAGCUGCAGAGGACUCCAGAUGCCGACGCCCAGCAGGAGAGCUUUGUCUCGGAAGUUCCCCAGCUGGACCUGACCGCAUUGUGCGAUGAGAGAAGCUGGGCAGAGCCCACACCUACUUUGUCCUCAUGGCAGCAGGAGAACAUGGACUCUGACGAAGCGCGCCUCUCCCCGCAGGCGGGGCGCCUCAUUCAUCAGCUUCUGGAUGAAGACAGCGACCCCCUGCUCUCUCCUCGGUUCUACGCUUAUGGGCAGAGUAGGCAAUACCUGGAUGACACGGAAGUGCCUCCUUCUCCCCCAAAUUCCCAUUCUUUCAUGAGGCGACGGAGCUCCUCCCUGGGGUCCUAUGAUGAUGAACAUGAGGACCUGACACCUGCACAGCUCACGCGAAGGAUUCAGAGUCUUAAAAAGAAGAUCCGAAAGUUUGAAGACAGGUUUGAAGAAGAGAGGAAGUACAGACCCUCCCACAGCGACAAGGCAGCCAACCCAGAGGUUCUGAAAUGGACAAAUGACCUUGCAAAAUUUCGGAAACAACUAAAAGAAUCCAAACUAAAGAUAUCUGAAGAGGACCUAACCCCCAGGAUGCGGCAGCGAAGCAACACACUCCCCAAGAGUUUCGGUUCCCAACUGGAGAAAGAAGAGGAGAAGAAGCAAGAGGUGGUAGACAAAGCAAUAAAGCCCAGCGUUGAAGCCACGUUGGAAUCUAUCCAAAGGAAGCUCCAGGAAAAGCGGGCGGAAACCAGCCGUCCUGAGGACAUUAAGGACAUGACCAAAGACCAGAUUGCUAAUGAGAAAGUGGCUCUGCAAAAAGCCCUGUUAUAUUAUGAAAGCAUUCAUGGACGGCCGGUAACCAAAAAUGAACGUCAGGUUAUGAAGCCGCUAUAUGACAGGUACCGGCUGGUCAAACAGAUCCUGUCCCGAGCGAACACCAUUCCCAUCAUUGGUUCCCCCUCCAGCAAGCGGAGAAGCCCUUUGCUGCAGCCCAUUAUCGAGGGUGAAACUGCUUCCUUCUUCAAGGAGAUAAAGGAAGAAGAGGAGGGUUCAGAAGACGAUAGCAACACAAAGCCAGACCUCGCAGUCACUCUGAAAACCGAUUUCAGUGCCCGUUGCUUUUUCAACCAAUUUGAAGAUGAUGCUGAUGGGUUUAUUUCCCCGAUGGAUGAUAAAAUACCAUCAAAAUGCAGUCAGGACACCGGGCUUUCAAAUCUGCACGCUGCUUCGAUACCAGAACUCUUGGAACACCUUCAGGAAAUGAGAGAAGAAAAGAAAAGGAUUAGAAAGAAACUUCGUGAUUUUGAAGACAAUUUCUUUAGACAAAAUGGAAGAAAUGUCCAGAAGGAAGACCGCACUACUAUGGCUGGAGAGUACAAUGAAUAUAAGCACAUCAAGGCAAAACUAAGGCUCUUGGAGGUGCUCAUCAGCAAGAGACACACUGAUUCCAAGUCCAUGUGAGGGGCAGCCCCAGCUCAAGUGAAGGGGGCCGGCGAUGCGCGGCGAAUGUGCUCCCCUGGGGAGGAGCAGCUCUGCAGAAACUGGAAGGCAGCCUUAGAGCUGGACCUGCAAAGGCUGGCGCCCUUCUGCCUACAGGCCUUUGGAAUCAGCUCUAGAUUGAAGACGGCAACUUGUCCUGAUUUAGGAAGUUUAUAAGGGAAAGUCAAGAUUCCUGUGCUCACGUGCCCAUGCAGACACUGUAGUGGCAGCUUUACUAACACUAGCAGUGAUGAGUCACUACAUUGGGACACUUAUCUGCAGAGAUUAUACACUGUUCUUCCGGGGAUAACUGAGAAGGAGGAGACCAUUCUCAGUCUCACUGGGAUGAAAACCAGCCCGGGACUUCCUAGAGCAAACUUGCUGUGCAGGUGGCUGUACCCUUUGGACCCCGUGAAGCGGGAACGUGCAUCAGAGCCCUAUUUGCUGCCUCGCCCAUUCCUGUGACCUUUCCAAAGAGCUGCGCCUUCCCCCAGUUGUGUGAAUUGUUUCCCCGUCAGCUCUCAGGUAGAUGGAAGCUGUGUCUGCCUGGAAUGGCAGUGCAAACGUCUAUGUGACAGUGUGUUUCUUCAAGACUUCCUCAGCGGACAAAGAAUUGUGAUCCCUGUACAACUGGAUCACGUGCGGAGGACAGAGGGACUAUAGCAGGAGCUACAUUAAUGCUGAUUUUUAUAUCAGGUAACAGGGUGAACAGCCUAGAGAAUUCUUUCCCGUUUAUCAGUCUCAGAUUUUAACAUCAGACACUAAGGGAGGCCAACAUGCUAUGGCAACCUGUUUGGGCUCGGUUUUGUUUUGGCACUAGCCAAAGGUAAAGGCCCUUGCUGAACUCUUAGCUGAAGCGUAGUGGGGAGAGGGCUGGGGGGACAGAGAACCUGUGUUCUCAGCCAUCUGAAGACUUACCAGAGUUUAAUUUUUUUUUUUUUUUAAGUAAACCUGCACUAAAAUCCCCUCACUGAGGGAUAAAUGUAGCCCUUGGAGCUCAGCCCAAGGCAGAAUCUAAAUCACACUAUUUUCAAAGUCAUGUAGGAAGAGAACAAAUAAUGGUGUGUAGCCAAUUAUGAUUAUAAUUUUUUCAGAGACUACAUCACAACGCUGUCUAUAUUAGACAUUUUGGAGGGACCAGGGAAUUUAAGACCCCAAAUCAUCUCUUCAGUGUGCUGACGUCACUUUGUGAUCUGUUGUGUUAGUUUUUGACUUUUAAUGUCUGGACUGGGGAAAGUGGGUUUUGGCUCUGCCUGUCCAUCCCAGGUUCACCUUUGCGCUUUGUGAGGUCAACUAGGGUGUCUGCACACCAGCCACUGGUUGCCAGGAGAAGGCUUUUUGGCAGCUCUGCCUGUCGAAGACAAUGUUGCAGGUUGAUCAGGGUACCCACCUCUGUGUUGUACCUGUGUGUGUGCGUAUGUGUGUGUGUUUGUGUUUUAAAAAGAAGAGGAAAAAAAACAAAAUUCUACUGGCCAGUUGUUAGUUUCAAAAUGGGUUCUUGAGAAACUGGUCAGAUUGUAUUUAUAGCAGCGUUUCCAUUGCUGAAGUGAGGGGGCAGCUCUGUCAGUCGCAAAUUAAGUUGGGAGUCGGUGAAAAAGAACGCCUUUAAGUUUGCUCCUAAAACUGUUUAUAUAGAAGCAUGACCAGUGUGUUAGAAGUGCCCUGGUUUAAUCUACACACUUAAAGAUGGUACCUAAUCCUACAAAUUUAAAUGUAUAUGAAAAUAUAGUUUGGUAUUCUCUGCUCUACUGUUUACAUUGCAGAUGGCUAUAAUUUCAAGGACUUAUAUUAAAAAUAAAAUGAUGCACUUUAGGACGUUUUCUAUUUUUGAAAUCUGAACAUUAAUCAUUCAUAUGACCAAAAAUUGUAUUUUUUAAGAGAAAUACAUGUCUAGUCUGUUCCUUGUAAUUAUUCUCUUAAAUAAGCUGUAAUAUAAAUCAUUACCAGUUAACUUUAAAAUGUACAUCUGUUUAAGAGUAUUGCUUUGAAAAUGCUAACAUGCUACAGAAUUUUAAAAGAGGAAAAGCUAUAUAAAUGAGAAGCUUCUAAAUGUUUUGAAAUCUAUUGUUUCUGCCAAAGGUAAAUUAAGUAAAAGGUUUAUUCAGGAAACCACAUUCAAAUUUAUAUGAUUGAAUAAAAGAAAACACCAAGUUAUGGUAAAAUAAACUGUGUAUGGAAUGUUAUGUUUUCCUUUGGAAUUUCUAAUACUCUAUAUACUUCAUAGUUUGGCACCCAGAUCCGGGUGAAGGGAAGCCCUGUUUACAUGAGUAGGUCCUAUCUGAAGACCCGUUAGUAGGUUCUGACU